AUAGGGUUGUUUUCUCCCCCAAGUCCCUGCCUCUUCUCCUAGCUUCUGGGACAGGGUGGUGUCAAGCAGGAUUGGAAGGGAGUGGCGCGGGCCUCAGGAAACCCUCUCCGGGAUCUUGGGAGAGUGGCUGAUGCCUCAUCAGGGCUGCAAGGCAGCUGGUUGGCAGUAUGGAGCCUUCUCCCAUUUCCAGGUCCACUCAGGCCCCGUUUCUCUCCUUCUUCUAAGGGUUAGACUCCUGUAAGAGGACGGCCAGGGCUGUGGAGCUGCCCGCUAUCUCAAAGCCCAGCUCUGAGCCGGCGUGGUGGGGGCUCCACCUCUGCGCCCUGCAUGGAAGCCAGGGGCCGGGCUCCCAGAAGGCAGCUGUGCCCACCUGGGAUCCUGUUGCUGGCCGUUGCUUCUCUGCUAAGCUGCCUGCUCACCUGCGGCCAAGCCAAGGUCUACAGUCGCUGCGAGCUGUUCCGAGUGCUCCAGGAAUUCGGCCUGGAGGGAUACCGUGGCCACAGCCUGGCUGACUGGCUUUGUCUUGCUUAUUACACCAGUGGCUUUGACUCAGCUGCCGUGGACCAUGAAGCUGAUGGAAGCACCAACAACGGCAUCUUCCAGAUCAACAGUCGGAAGUGGUGCAAGACUCUCAAGGAAUACAGCACCAAGGGGUGCAACAUGUACUGCACCGAGUUACUGGAUCCUGACCUCAAGAAUGCUGUUAUCUGUGCCAUGAAGAUAAGCCAACAGCCCCAGGGGCUGGGCAGCUGGGAGGCCUGGAAGCAUCACUGCCUGGGCAAGGACCUCAGCGACUGGGUGGACGGCUGCACCUUCUAGGACCCUCUCUGGACGGACCGGGCCAUGCACAGCAGGCGGGGGGG